GCAUCCCAAAUAAAAGGUUUCUAAGGUGAGUCAUGCUCCAUACAAUUAAAAACACGUGGCAUGCACUUCAUAGCCAUUCAAUAUUCUUCAAAUAAAUAAAGAUUUGAGGAAAAAUCAUCCGUAGAUAAUACGAGUAGUUCAAAACUUGGGCAGCCUUUUCCAAUUCAAAGCCGUUUUCUAAUUUGAAUAUCAAUCCCAAACAACUUACGGUUUGUCAAAUUAGAGUCCCACUUGUAACCCAAAAAAAAUUAGAAUCCCACUUGAACUCUUGUCACCCUCUUAAAUGCAAAUAUACUCCCAGUGGAACUUUUCCUGCUAACAUAGGAUCUGGCCACAACAAUUAUAAAUAGGGGACCAUAUCAGCUUAUUUCUGCAAGACGAUUCAUCAGGGCAUUGGCAUAUUCUAUUCCAAGAUUCGACAGUUCUAUAGAGCAAGGGAUCGCAUAAGGUAAAUUCCGCUGAUAUUUACUCUGUAUAUUCUUCUUCUUUAUACUGUUUUGCAGGGAAAUUUGCAGGUCGCAGCUCCCCUGUUUGCCGCCGGGCUGAUUGUGCUGCUGGGAACUGAAGCGUCGAUCGAGUUUGUGAUUUUAGACAUGGAUGGAUGAUGGUUAGCCGCUGUUCCUAUUUAGUACAGGGGACCAAAGCAGUCUCUGAUUCUUGGAGAGGAAGCAGACGACGAGAGUAAUUCAGCGGAUUCCGGACUAAUCGCAACUGAGCCAGCUCCAUCACGAGCUGCCAUCUCGCCGCCGGAGAAGAUGACGGGAAGGCAGGGUUUCGUUGGUUCGCUUUGUAAUUUCCGGCGAAGAAGUAAAUUCGAGUAUGGAUGGUGCUGAUUCGCGCUUAUGUCCGCCGUCGGAGAAGGAGGUGUGGGCGAAGUUCGGUGUAGACUUCGGGCGAGGAAGAGAAAUCGAUCAAUUUCAUCGAGGUCCUGCUGCGAUUUGGUCCCAGUGCCUGCGAAGGAAGGUGAAAGAUUCCUGCUGCGAAGGAGACGACGGGAAUUGAAGAUAACGGACGAGAAAAUUGGGGCCAGUGUUACUGAUUUCUUUGCUGGUCUAGGCGGAAGAUGAAAUUACUCGGACUUGAGAUUGAUUAUCAUUGCUGAGCGGCCUCUUUUUUUAUUUAUUUAUUUAUCAUUAUUAUUAUUAGUACUUUAUUUUUUUAGUAAUAAUAAUAAGAAUAAUGAUGAUUUUUUUUUGCAGUCCAAAAUGAUAUAUUUUAAGGACGUAAGGCGUGGAGGCAAAAAGUAUCUCUCUAUAUCAACGAGCAAGAAGAAUGACGAAGAGAUUCUUUUGGAGAUGCACAAGCCAUUUGCUCGCGAGUUUUGGGGUCCAACGGUUGUGUCCUAUCGAGUUACGAACUGAACUCCUGAGUGCGAGUAUCAAGCUCAGACAAUGCGGACCUUAGUAUCUGGCUUUACUCACAUGUCCUCUUCUGAGAUUCUUCCUUCUUUGGGUAGACGUAUCCUUGAUGAAAACGCCCCUUUGACAAAGACCUUAUCAUUUGGUGGUGAAUUUAGAUUCAUCACAGGUUAUUGGGACUGAGCCGAAGAUAUUUUGGACAUGAGUAAAAGCGUUCUGGAGGAAGGGCUUAUUUACGAUGCUGUUUAUGCCUCAUUAUUCACGUAUGACCGAUGUACUAAUGCUAUUCAAGCAUUUUGUGAGGCAUGGUGUCCCACGACGAAUACUUUGCUUACGUCAAUUGGCGAAUUGACGAUCACACUUUGGGACUUGCACGUUAUCGGAGGAUUGCCUAUCAUCGGAGACGCAUAUGAUGAAUCUAUUCCGGGCACUUCUGAGUUGUUAAAUACGAGCGCUGACCGUUUAUUUCAUCUCUGUAAAUAUUUGUUUCACGCAUAUCAUCAUCUCUUUCCCAAAGCCGGAGAUAAGCGUGUUUUGCGUGUUCAUGCGUGGGUCAAAUUCUGGUUCAGAAAGGCCUCCAAGUAUACUAUGCCUCCAGUGAGAACAGAAAAGAAACGAACAUCUCGUGCCAAGGCGACCCAUAAUCCAAGCGGAGCUAUUCCAAAAUUUGGAGGAUGGUCGAAUUCUAUGAGGGUACCAUUCCACGUACUCAAGGUUCCUACUGAAUAUGAGGAAGAGGUAUAUUUAGCGGCAUUUUUAUCGUGUUGGCUUUGCGCAUUUGUAUUGCCGCAUGAAGGUCCUAGAGUUAUCCGCCCGGAAACAUUCAGAGUUGCGUGUAUGUUGGCUCGAGGGAAACAUGUAUGCCUUGCGGUCCCGGUUCUUGCAAGUGUCUAUCAUGGGCUUAAUCGGAUCUCGAAUGCUCCAGCUCCUGAUCAAGUUAGAACGUGUUUUCCCGUUCACUACGUUUAUGGAUGGUUGACAUCAUACUUUGAUACGCAUUUUAAGAAUGAGAUCCAGUCCACGACGCCAUUAAUGAUUUCUUAUUCAGGAGAAGGUGGAGCGAGAUCCCUCGAGAAGAGAAGUGCGCACAAACGAAUUUUCCAGGGAGAUGUAUCAGCAUGGGUGUGUUCUACACAUCGGAGAAUCAAAGAAUAUUCAUUCUUCGAUGGUAAAAAUCCUCCAGAGGCUGAGUUGGCGCUUUUUAGGAGUCUUCGGUCGAAUUAUCUUGUAUUACGCUACCGGGAUCAUUGCAUUGCUGAGCCUUACACUCCUCACCGCUUUAGUCGCCAAUUUGGGUAUUUUCAGGCUUAUGCUUCUGGCUUUCUCGAGAUGCGUAAUCGGAGUGUCACACUUGCUGCUGGCUUUCAGCUUUGGCUACAGUUUGAGCACGGCAUGUCACAAGCUGAAGCGGUAUUUCCGACUCCUCCUACUAUUCCAGCGAAGUAUUUCUCCUUGGAGUAUAAAGAGUGGUGGAGCCAAGUUCAUGGUAACUACCUCGAGAAUCAUGUGGGUGACUUGAUUAGGAUUUGUGAUCUUGCAGUUGAUGAUGUGAUCACCCCUUCAGAUCCCGUGACUCUGGUCUCCAAGAAGAAACGGGCACCUGAUACUGAGGCUAAGUCUUUGCCCCAGAAAAAGGCUAUGCUUGCAGCACCUAGGGCUGAAGUUUUGAUCGAGGACGCUGAGAAAGAAAUGUCUCCUGUCAAGGUGAGUGAGAAUCAAGUUCUUGAAAAGCAGAGUAGUGAUGAGAAGAACUGGAAACAUCUUAGAAAACCUCGUCUUGGACCACUGAAGAUUCAUGCAGUCCUUGAUGAUGCUAGUUCUUCGAAUCAUGUUUCUUCAUCUAGCUCAAGUGAAGGAGAAAGCGCAGAUCAUGACACCGUCACUGGAUUGAUAGCAGAAACCGGCCCAAGUCAUUGUAAAGAAGUUCCGAUCCAUGAAAUACCCAAAUCUUCUCAUGUGAAACCGGCUGCAUCUGUAUUCCAUGCAGAAGACUACUUCUUUACUUUGUAUAAGCAGUUCGUCAUUAAUACUUGGAGUGGCAUUCAACAAAAGUUAGGACGGGCUACAGCAGAGAACGUCUCAUCUCUUCGGGAGAGUGUUGAGAAUUGUGUUAUCUUGAUGGAGAAGGAGGGCAUUGACCUUUCCAUGUGUGAAGACGAGAGUGAAGCAUUUCUUUGAAAGGGCACAAGCAUUUGAUCAGACGUGUUCGACUGUUGCUGAUAGGGUUCCUUCUGAGAAACAAUCUCAGGAAUUGGCUAUGUCGCAGGAUUUUUGUGAAGAUCUUGAAGCUAAGAGAUCUCAAAACCAAGUGGCAUUACUUGAUGAUGAGAAAUCUCUUAAUGAUAUCAAGAAGAAGAUAGCCUUAUUGGAAGCUGAAGCUAAGGAAGUAGAAGUUUCGAUCUCCAAGCGUCGUGUAGAGGCUAGUGACUUAGACGCAGCUCUUACGAAGGCUAAGGAGGAAUCUUCGCGGAUUUUGAAGACUAUCAAAGCAUCAAAUGAGGAUCAAUUUGCUUUAAGUACUCAGAAGAAGGAGCUAAAGGCCUUGAAGGAUGACUUAGUUAGCUUUAAAUUGUUUUUUAGGCUGAUACUUAG